UCUGGUUUUUCUUCAGUGUCUUCAGUGCCUGCACAGUUUAUCCCCGGAAGGACCGGAGCCGGCCUGCUUAUACUCAACGGCUUCACCUUUUAUAUGAAGAACCACCAGGCCCAUGGGAAGAAGCAGUGGUACUGUUCUUCAAGAGAUGUCCAUGGCUGCAGAGCAGAUGUCAUCACCUUCAAAGACAUCUACUACCUCCCCUCCCACCGCACCGGCAGCAUGGUCCUCAUCUUCAAAGACAACAAGUACUGGAUCAACAACCGCUACCAGAACACUAUCAACUGGACCUGCAGGGACCGCAAGCGCCUCGGCUGUAGCUCCUGCAUACAGACCACUGUUGAAGGCCGAUAUCUCAAGCAUAAAGGAUUUCAUAAUCAUGCGGAUAAUUAUACUAAAUAUAAUUUUAAUGAUUGAUCAA